AUGACUGAAGCUGUUGGUGGCCUUCACUAUCAUCACCAGUAUCAUCCUUUUGAUAUGGCUCAGAACACAACAACAUCGGAGAGUGAUGUACCGAGAAUUCGAGAGGACGAGUUAUUCGACAGCGCCACUAAGUCCGGCAGCGAGAACCUUGAGGUUGAAGGUGGUGGAGGAAGUGGUGGUGGUGGUGAAGGUGGUUCUGCUGGGGAAGACCAAAACCCUCGCCCUAAUAAGAAGAAACGCUAUCACCGCCAUACCCAACACCAGAUCCAAGAGAUGGAAGCUUUCUUUAAGGAGUGCCCUCACCCAGAUGACAAGCAAAGGAAGGAGCUGAGUAGGGAGUUAGGGUUAGAGCCAUUGCAAGUGAAGUUCUGGUUCCAGAACAAACGCACUCAAGUGAAGACUCAAACUGAAAGGAGCGAGAACUCACAGCUAAGAGCGGAAAAUGAGAAGCUUAGAGCAGAUAACAUGAGGUAUAGGGAAGCACUAAGCAAUGCAUCGUGCCCUAGUUGUGGUGGCCCAACCGCCAUAGGGGAAAUGUCAUUCGAUGAACAUCACCUCAGGCUUGAAAAUGCACGUCUUAGGGAAGAGAUUGAUCGAAUUUCAGCAAUUGCAGCCAAGUACGUAGGCAAGCCUGUGGUGAACUAUUCAAACCUCUCCCCUGCCCUCCCACCUCGCCCGCUAGAACUCGGCGUUAGCGGUGGCAGUGGCGGCUUUGGAGGUGGUAGUGACAUGUACAGUGGUGGUGCCGGAGACUUCCUGAGGUCGAUAAACGGGCCCUCGGAAGCCGACAAGCCACUGAUAAUUGAGCUGGCUGUUGCAGCCAUGGAGGAGUUAGUUGGUAUGGCACAAAUGGGUGAGCCACUUUGGUUGACAAUGACCUCCAUUGACGGUGGCACUUCCACUGUGCUCAACGAGGAUGAGUACGUUAGAACCUUCCCUCGUGGAAUUGGCCCCAAACCUGCUGGGUUCAGAUCCGAAGCUUCUAGAGAAACCGCUGUUGUUAUCAUGAACCAUGUUAACCUCGUCGAAAUUCUCAUGGAUGUGAACAAUUGGUCGACAAUGUUCUCUGGUAUAGUCUCAAGAGCUAUAACUAUAGAAGUGCUAUCAACAGGAGUGGCUGGGAACUACAAUGGUGCUUUACAAGUGAUGAGUGCAGAAUUACAAGUACCUUCUCCACUUGUGCCAACUCGAGAGAGCUAUUUUGUGAGAUAUUGUAAGCAGCAUGUAGAUGGGAGUUGGGCAGUGGUGGAUGUGUCGUUGGAUCAUUUGCGCCCUGGUCUUACUCCAAGAUCUAGAAGAAGGCCUUCUGGUUGCUUAAUCCAUGAAAUGCCCAAUGGUUAUUCUAAGGUGACAUGGGUUGAGCAUGUGGAAGUGGAUGAUAGAGGUGUUCCUAACCUUUACAAGCAGCUUGUAAACUCUGGGCAUGCAUUUGGUGCAAAACGUUGGGUUGCAACUUUGGAUAGACAAUGUGAGAGGCUUGCUAGUGCCAUGGCAACAAACGUUCCUACCGUAGAUGUUGGAGUGAUAACAAACCAAGAAGGGAGGAAGAGUAUGCUGAAGCUGGCAGAGAGAAUGGUGAUAAGCUUUUGUGGUGGAGUGAGUGCGUCAACAGCACACACGUGGACAACACUGAAUGGGACAGGUGUCGAUGAUGUCAGAGUCAUGACACGAAAGAGCGUUGAUGAUCCUGGAAGACCACCUGGCAUUGUUCUAAGUGCUGCCACUUCCUUUUGGCUUCCAGUUCCUCCCAAAACAGCCUUUGAUUUCCUCCGUGAUGAGAAUUCAAGAAGUGAGUGGGAUAUUCUUUCAAAUGGUGGAGCAGUGCAAGAAAUGGCGCACAUUGCAAAUGGAAGAGAUACCGGAAAUUGUGUGUCGCUACUUAGAGUCAAUAGUGCAAAUUCAAGCCAGAGCAACAUGUUGAUACUACAAGAGAGUUGCACAGAUUCAACAGGCUCCUUUGUAGUUUAUGCUCCUGUGGACAUUGUUGCCAUGAAUGUGGUUUUGAAUGGAGGGGACCCAGAUUAUGUGGCACUUCUUCCUUCAGGAUUUGCCAUCCUCCCCGAUGGAAGUUCAGGCGGCUGCGGCAGCGGCAUUGGUGGUGAAACAAAUGGCCCUACUGGUGGGGGCGGUGGCGGCGGAGGUGGUUCUCUAUUGACGGUUGCAUUCCAAAUAUUGGUUGAUUCAGUUCCAACGGCUAAGCUUUCUCUUGGGUCAGUUGCAACCGUUAAUAGUCUUAUUUCUUGCACUGUUGAGAGAAUCAAGGCUUCUUUGUCUGGUGAUCCUGCUUCACUAUGAUUGAAUCAUCAUGUGCUUAUACAAGAAGGAUAUAAUGAUUGAUAUUUUGGAAAACAUAAAAGAUGAAGUGUUGAGGAAAUUGGGAUUUAUACAGAAUGAUGUGGAGAAGUCAAGAACGCACCUUGCAUGAUAUUCCUUCUCGGGUUCGGGAAUUGACUUCCCUGGACAAAAAAAAGUAAAAACACUACUAAGACCUUAAUUAAUUAGUGUCCUUCAACAUUUCCAAGACUUAUAUAAUAUAGAUUUAGGGAGGAUUAACCUUUUGGGUAACUAGCUAGUUCUUAAUUAUAUUCAAUUGGUGAUAACUUUUAAUUUUGCUAUAGACACUCUAAGCUACCACUAG